UGUUACUCGUGUCCUCCAUCCUUGGACGGUCGUUCUGCGAACCUUCAAUAUUUGAGUAGCACAUCGAUUGCAUCUAUUAAAGAUGGCUGUACGGAUGAAAAACCGAGAAGUUGCACGUUGAAACGAACAAUUCGCGAGAUCGAAACUGGUACCUUGAAUAAGGCAAAGCUCUCCAAGUGGCCAUCAACAUCGGAUUGUCAGCAAAAGUCUAGGGAUAAUCAAGCCGACAAGGGGAAUCUGAAAGAGAAUAAAAAGCGACAUCUCUCUAAAUCGUCAAUUGUACUAUCAUCACCGUCGUGA